CAACAAUGCAGCCAGUUAUUACCGGACUAUAUCGCGCUCAAAUGCACUAGUUAUGAACAUACUGUUAACUGUGUUGAGAUUCAGCGCACUAAAACGACAGUCGCACUAAUCAGGAGCUUGCAUUUUUUCAAUGCUCCAGCAAGGCAGGGACCUUCAGCGCUGCCGGGCGCACAAAACGCGCUCAGGGCGCACGCGCGCUGCGUUUGGGUCGUGCUACACCCUGUCCUACCCAAGGACUCAUUGCCAUGCGUUCGGGACGCGGCGAUGCCGCACGACGGUCCAUGCCAAAGACCAACAAUCGGAGGGUGCACAGGAGUGGGAUCUUGUGGAGAAGAUGGUUUCCUUCUUCUUUCCCAAGGCCCUUUCUGACCCCGCCCCCAUGGGCCUCAAGCGCAUCAAUUUUGAGGAGCUACCUGAUCAGUACUGCGAGCUGACGAGGCGCGCCGCCCCGCUUGCCGACGACGAGGCGGACCCGCUGGUGGUGCUGCUGCGGCCGCUGCUGGCGGCCACACAGCUGGAGGCACUGCCGCUCAGGUGCGUGUACGAUGCGGAUCGGGACGGCUGGAGCGCCGCCGCAUUCCACGCCAAGGUUGACGGUCUGGGUGCUGCGGUGGUGGUGGCGGGCAGUGAGG